CCCCGCUAGAGCUGAGACCGGCUGGCCUUAAAGGGGACGCGGCCUGAGUGGCGGUUCCCAGGGUGGCCCCCGCUCCGGCUCCUCCCCGUUUCCCGCACCUCGCCCCUCCCCACGCUUCGUCCCGCAGCCCCGCAGCCCCGCAGCCCCGCAGCUUAGCGGCCGCGCGGCUGAGUCGAGCUCCCUGGGUACAAGCUUGUACAGAGCUGGGUGGGGAGUUUGGACUUUGCAGUGGAAGCAGCAUCCCUGCCUGCUGAGCGGGACCUGGUGGAGGGCGUCCCCACUCCAGGGGGAGCAGAGGACUCGCCCUGACCUAGCCUGGCCUAGCCUAGUCCUGCCAGGCCUGAGCGCCCCACCCAAGAGCUGGCUCUGAGGCAGGGGCCACCGGGGUCCCAGAGGGAAUUAUGUGACCCCAGCUAUAAUGGAGGAAGAGGCUACAGGUGGCUGUAGGAAUGGAGGGUGAGGGAUGAAUUCACGCCUGGAGGUCCAGGGAUAUUCUAACUGAAGACAGGGUGUUUGAGCGCGGCAUCAUGGACAAGAUCCUGGAGGCGGUGGUGACAUCCUCGUACCCCGCGAGUGUGAAGCAGGGCCUGGUGCGGCGCGUGCUGGAGGCGGCGCGGCAGCCGCUGGAGCGGGAGCAGUGCCUGGCGCUGCUGGCGCUGGGCGCGCGCCUCUACGUGGGCGGCGCGGAGGAGCUGCCGCGCCGCGUGGGCUGCCAGCUGCUACACGUGGCCGGUCGCCACCACCCGGAAGUCUUCGCCGAGUUCUUCAGCGCCCGCCGCGUGCUUCGCCUGCUGCAGGGUGGCGCCGGCCCGCCGGGCGCCCGUGCUCUCGCCUGCGUACAGCUCGGCCUGCAGCUGUUACCCGAGGGGCCCGCGGCCGACGAGGUGUUUGCGCUGCUCCGGCGGGAGGUGCUGCGCACCGUGUGUGAGCGCCCGGGGCCCGCGGUCUGCGCGCAAGUCGCCCGGUUACUGGCGAGGCAUCCGCGCUGCGUCCCCGACGGCCCGCACCGCCUGCUUUUCUGCCAGCAGCUGGUGCGCUGCCUGGGUCGCUUCCGUUGUCCGGCCGAGGGCGAGGAGGGCGCCGUGGAGUUCCUGGAGCAGGCCCAGCAGGUGAGCGGGCUCCUGGCGCAGCUGUGGCGCGCUCAGCCCGCUGCAAUCCUGCCCUGCCUGAAGGAGCUGUUUGCCGUCAUCUCUUGCACAGAGGAAGAGCCUCCGUCUAGCGCCCUGGCCAGCGUGGUCCAGCACCUCCCAUUGGAGCUAAUGGAUGGUGUCGUCCGGAACCUCAGCAAUGAUGACAGUGUGACAGACUCUCAGAUGCUGACGGCCAUCAGCAGGAUGAUCGACUGGGUGUCGUGGCCCCUGGGGAAGAACAUUGACAAAUGGAUCAUUGCACUGUUGAAGGGCUUGGCCGCUGUUAAGAAGUUCAGCAUCUUGAUUGAGGUUUCGCUCGCCAAAAUUGAGAAGGUUUUCUCCAAGCUUCUGUACCCCAUUGUCCGGGGAGCUGCCUUGUCUGUCCUCAAGUACAUGCUCCUGACCUUCCAGCACUCCCAUGAAGCCUUCCACCUGCUCCUCCCUCACAUCCCCCCCAUGGUGGCCUCUCUGGUCAAGGAGGACUCCAACUCGGGGACCAGCUGCCUGGAGCAGCUGGCGGAGCUGGUCCAUUGCAUGGUCUUCCGGUUUCCAGGCUUCCCAGAUCUGUAUGAGCCUGUCAUGGAGGCCAUUAAGGACCUCCAUGUUCCCAAUGAGGACCGCAUCAAGCAGCUGCUGGGGCAAGAUGCCUGGACCUCGCAGAAGAGUGAGCUGGCUGGUUUCUACCCCCGGCUCAUGGCCAAGUCAGACACGGGCAAGAUUGGUUUAAUCAAUUUGGGAAACACAUGCUACGUGAACAGCAUUCUUCAAGCCUUAUUCAUGGCUUCUGACUUCAGACACUGUGUGCUCAGAUUGACAGAGAACAACUCACAGCCCUUGAUGACCAAGCUGCAGUGGCUCUUUGCCUUCCUGGAGCACAGCCAGAGGCCUGCCAUUUCUCCAGAGAAUUUCCUGUCUGCAUCCUGGACACCCUGGUUCAGCCCUGGCACCCAGCAGGACUGCUCUGAGUACCUGAAGUACCUGUUGGAUCGGCUACAUGAGGAGGAGAAGACGGGGACCAGGAUCUGCCAAAAGCUCAAGCAGUCCAGCUCGCCCUCCCCACCGGAGGAGCCCCCCAGCCCAAGUCCCACCUCUGUGGAGAAGAUGUUCGGAGGCAAGAUUGUUACUCGGAUACGCUGCCUCCACUGCCUCAACGUCUCCUCCAGGGAAGAGGCCUUCACGGACCUCUCUCUCGCUUUCCCCCCCACCGACCGCUGUCGCCGCCGCCGCCUGGGCUCAGUGAUGCUCCCUGCAGAGGACGUUGGGGUCGGGGACCCCCCGUCACCAUCCCAAGCCCAGGUUCCAAGCAGGGUGGGUUCUCGGAGGCAGAGGAAACAUUGCGUCACGGGGGACGCCCCCACUGCUGUCCUGGACAUUGAAGGUCUGGGCCCCCAGGGACCUGGGGGGCAGAUCAGUGGGGAAGAGAAGGUGGAGAGGGAGGAGGAAGUGGAGGAGGAAGCUCGGGAGGAGGAGAGGCCCCGAGAGCAGGAGGAGGAGGAAGAGAAAGAGAAGGAGGCGGUGGCAGAGGAGGAAGAGAAGGCUGAGAAGGAGAAGGAGGCAGAGACCGCAAAGGAGAAGGAAGAGGACGGCACGGGGCCAGGGAGCCAGAGGGGCGCCGCCGGGGAGGGCUCCCGGUCCGUCCUGGACCUGGUCAACUACUUCCUGUCCCCCGAGCGGCUGACGGCGGAGAACCGCUACUACUGCGAGCCUUGUGCCUCGCUGCAGGACGCCGAGAAGGCAGUGGAGCUGAGCCAGGGGCCGCGCUACCUCAUCCUGACCCUGCUGCGCUUCUCCUUUGACUUGCGCUCCAUGCGCCGCCGCAAGAUCCUGGACGACGUCUCCAUCCCCUUGCUGCUCCGCCUGCCUCUGGCCGGGGGCCGCGGCCAGGCCUACGACCUCUGCAGUGUUGUCGUGCACUCGGGAGUGUCCUCGGAGAGCGGCCACUACUACUGCUAUGCCCGCGAGGGCGCCGCCCGCCCGGCCCCCUCUUUGGGUGCUGCGGACAGGCCCGAGCCCGAGAACCAGUGGUACCUGUUCAACGACACUCGGGUGUCCUUCUCUUCCUUCGAGUCCGUCAGUAAUGUCACCUCCUUCUUCCCCAAGGACACGGCCUACGUGCUCUUUUACCGGCAGCGGCCUGGGGAGGGGCCUGAGACCGAGCCGAGCUCUCCCAGAGGUCGGGCAGAGCCCACCCUCCACAAAGACUUGAUGGAGGCCAUUUCCAAAGACAACAUCCUUUACCUGCAGGAGCAGGAGAAGGAGGCACGGAGCAGGGCGGCCUACAUCUCUGCACUCCCAGCAUCUCCGCACUGGGGGAGGGGCUUCGAUGAAGACAAGGAUGAGGACGAAGGCUCUCCGGGAGGCUGCAAUCCUGCAGGUGGCAAUGGCGGGGACUUCCACAGACUGGUCUUCUAACGUGGACUCUUCCCCAGCCUGAAACCUCAGGGGAGGCCUUGACCCCUUCCCUCUGGGAACUGGGUGGGGACAGAGGCGCUCUGCCAGGUGGGGUCUGAGGAGGCGGGAGAGGUGGAGAGGAAGCUUCUGGGACACCGGUCCUCAGCCUGAAGGGUCUGCAGAGACUCGGAUAUGGAGGUGAGCCCCAAGCCCCUGACACUGGGAUCAGCCCCUUUUAAGAUUUUACACCCAAGUGUCCUGGUCAACUUGAAGCAGCUUCGAUGGACACUGUCUGGGCCUUGUCCCCCUGUCUCCCCAGCAGGGCUGAACUCCACAGCUCUAGUGUUUUGGCAUCAAGUAGCAUUUCCCUUCUAGCUCCUUUCAGACAAUCCUAUUGCUCUCUACUACAAAAAGCAGAGCAGCAUGUGGGGACCUGUGUGUCAAAGCGGUGGCCACCUUCUUGUUUCUCUGAGGGGGGUUUCAGAGGCACUGUGUGUGGUUGCCUGCACCCGUUGUACUUUUUUGAGAGGAGUGGAGGUGGGAAGCAGCCUGGCACAGGAUCAGAGACGGUCUCCCUCCACACCAAACAGUGGUGCGUAGAGGGGAGGACAGUCCCCUCGUCACAGCGGGAGACCCUUACUCCCCAGUCCCCCUCCCCCCUCGCCUGCCUCAGUGCCUGAGAUGCCACCUUUUGCAUCCCCUUUCUGGUGAAGAUGGAGAAUCCUUAUUUUACUGCAAAUGUGUUUGUGUUGCUCGCGAAGCCAUUGUCCGUCCUGAGGAAAGCUGGCUGGCUCAGCUCCUCAUCAGUUGGCUUUAGAGUGCGGCCUGGGGGCUGGUGGGGGUGGUUUGGUAGAGGAGCAGAUAUUGACCUCAUUGUGCCCUGACACUGCUGUACCCUUCUAAAUGGAGAGGAGAGACUCAGGGUCUCAAACAGGAAUAAAAAUAGGUUCUCUGAA